AUGGAAAAAAUAAAAGGUAAUGAGAAAUGGCUGCAGGGAUUUUAUUAGUCCAAAAUAUCUUAUGAAGUGAAAAUUUUGUUGCAAAAUUAUAAAAGUCUAUUUCUCAAACGUUAUAUUACUUUGCUUUUUCAGAUGCUCUGUUAUCCGGACUGCUUCAGAAAGGUAAAUUUUGGGUGAAGGACCAAAUUCAAGGUGGGGUUUGGGACUGGUAUUUCAAUGGGAUUGUGAUCUGUCCUGUCCUUUGUGUUAUUCUAAGAGAGGGAGAAGUAGUACCUGCAUAUAAUAUUUUGGAUUGAGGCGGGGAAAAUUUGUGCUCCAAGUGGGUUAGUGUGUUUGCAACCUAAUUCCUCUCCUUCCCCCUUUGCUUUUACUUGAUUCUUUGAUCUUCUCCACAUUAAACAUGAUUGGACUGUUAAUUGGCACUUUUGCUCUGUUUUAAUUAAAUGAGUAGUCCACACACCCAAAACACCGUAUUUAUUUGAAUGUAAUGUCCACAACAACAAAAAUUCCUUCCAGUUCUUCAGAUACUUCAGGUAUCUGAAGAAGUGUGCAUGCACACGAAAGCUCAUACCAAGAACUUAGUUGGUCUUUAAGGUGCUACUGGAAGGAAUUUUUUUUGUUUUGACUAUGGCAGACCAACACGGCUACCUAUCUGUAAUGUCCACAGUUAUGGUCAAAUUACAUUGCAAAAAUUAGAGUGCCCAUUACAUUUGAUUGCAGAUUUACAUUCACCCGCAAAUACUUUUUUUGGUUUCAAGGUAUUGAAAAUUGAGGUGUGCAUUAGAUUUGGAGGAUCCUCCGUUCGUGGCUGCAGCUGCGAGCUGAGGAUCCUGGCGCCGGCAGCAAACUGCUAAGUACAGCGCAUGUGUGUCAUUGCAAACAUGCGCAGUACAUAGCGAUGCCGCACAUACUCUGUAUAGCAGUUUGCCACCAGUGCUACUCCAACACCGUACGGACGGUGCCGGGAUCCCUCUGGCGCUGCUACAACCUGCAGCGGCAAUGGAGGGAUCCCAGCACCAUCCAUAUGGCGCUAGAGUGGCACUGGUGGCAAACCGCUAUACAGCGUAUGUGCGGCGUCGCUACGUAUGUGCCAUACAUCGUACGCACAUGUGCUCUGGGUGUCACAACACCUUCCUUUGCCCCUGCCCCUCUCCUGAAUAUUUCCUUAGAAAACCUCAACCACUUAGCGGGGGGGGAACCCACAACAACAUUGUGGGUAAAGGUAGUUACUAUUUUAAAUAUGACAAUCUUAACGAGUAUGCUCCCACUACAGCCAACAUGUUCUUGAUGUGCUAAAAGUACAAGCUUGCUUCAAAAUGCUUAAAUAUAAAGAUGCUAGUAUGUUUUCAGGACAAUCAAGGAGCUUUAAGAUCACUGCUGCCAGAGUCAACAUUUUAUAAAUCUUAGUCAAAUAGCCUUUAGCCUGCAAAUGUGUGUGUAGUGGUAUUGUGGUUGUAAAAAAACCCAACACUGGGGGCUCACAAGGGAAUUAAAUCUGUUAGCUUGUCUCAUUUGCUACCCUCCCCAGAUUUCAAUGGAAGACUCAGUCCUGAAUGCAAUGCAAUGAAGCCCCUUUUAUCUAAGAGGGAAUCUGGUUCCUGGGGUGUUUCUUGGAUCUGGAUGCCCCAUUCCAUCUCUUGACUGAUUCUGCCUCUCUUUUCUUCAUUUCCCUCCCAACAGCAUAUGUUUCUCUGUUACUUGACACCUGACUGUUACUUGAUUGCUAUUCUACUGGAAUACAACAUAUAUAAGGAAGAAAUUUAAAAUACAAAUAAGCUAUUAAUACAAAUGAGUUAACAGAAUUUAAAUCAUGUCUACAUUACCAUGAUUAAAAUCAACCAUUAGCAGGAUCUCAAAUUACAUAGGAAACACUCUCCAAAAUAAAAUAAGAAUGUAUUGAGUUCCUCUUUGUGAUUUCCUUGCAGUCACACCUUUGGGUUCUAUGCCUGUGCAGAGCUUAGGGUUGCUAUAGAAAGGACCAUUUUUGGUGGGACUCCACUCCAUCCUGCAGGCAAAUAUACUAUAAACACAGCAAAAUUAUAUAUUUGUUUUUCAUUAUUAUUAUUAUUAUUAUUAUUAUUUUAUAUCCCGCCUUUUCCCCUGACUUAUGGAAAAAAAUAAGAACAGCUAAAAACAUAGGGUGGAAAGCAAUAACAUAAAACAAUCUUAUUUUCAUUGUUUACCAAUUAAAACAAUUAUAUUUAAAAAUUGUCCUUGAUGUGCUAUAAAGUGCUGGAUUCAGUCUCUGCACAGCUAGUUUCAAAAUGCUUAGAUAUAAAAAUGCAGGUGCAUUUUCAGGACAAUAAAGAAACUUUAGGAUCACUGUUGCCAAGGUCAAAAUCUUUUAACUCUUAGUCAGAUAGACUUUAGCCUCCUUUAGGACAAUAAAUGCAUGUGGUAUCUGUUGGGAUACUGCCAGGGAGAUAACGUCCAUCUGAGCCCCCAAGCCGGCUGCCGGACGAUCCAUCGACCUCCCGUAGUCACGCAGUAUCAGCAAUUAGCGGCACGAAGCCUUAGAAAUAGAUUGCCACAUUCCUAGGCUGGUGCACACUCUUUCAGCAGACUCCACACAGCAAAAGAUGCACAGCAGGAGAGCAUAUUUACAGUUUAUUCAACGUUGGUCAGAACAAAGAAAAGACAUGACCAUCUGCUUCAGCGUUCAAGCACAGACAGACAAAACGAAAGCAAUAGCAAACAUAAACAUUCUGUAACAGGAAAUACACAGACUCUGUGACUCACAGCCUGCUCCCUUUUAAGGUGGAACGGAAAUAUCCUAACAUCCUCCCCCUUUCCGUGUAACCUGUAGUACCUGUGGUUCAACCCAAUUGCAACCUCUGUACGUAAACCUUAAGUUGUUCUCUGUUAACAACCUUAGACAACAGAUCAGCAGGAAUUUCAUUUCCUGCCAUGUAGGACACCCGAAUCAGUCCCUUUUGAAUACACUCUCUUGCACGAUGUAGCUUAAUCUGCAAGUACUUGGUUCUCUGCUUGCAACUCUCCGAGUUCAGCAAAGCCAAACAAGAUCUAUUGUCUUGAUACACUUGUAUAGGACAUUUCACAGAAACCCCGAUGUCCUUAAACAGUUGCAUCAACCAUUCACAAUCCAUGAGUGAAAAUGACAGAGCACUGAGUUCUGCUUCACAGGAACUUAGGCUCACUGUCGUCUGCUUCUUGCACAACCAGUCAAACAGGCAGUGGUUGUACAUGUAGCAUACUCCAGAAGUGCUUGUACCAUCCGUGGUGUCACUUCCAAAACUUGCAUCUGCAAAGAUUUCAAGACCUCCAGUCUUCUGACUGGUGAACCUCAGCCUGUAGUGCAUAGUCCCUUUCAAAUAGCGGGCUAUGCGCUCAGAGCUUUCCAAUCCUGAACAGUAGGAUUGUUAGCAUGUCUGCUAAGCAGGUUAGUGCUUACAGCAAUGUCAGGUCUUGAGCAUCUAGCAAUGAAAUUCAACUUGCCUAGGAUGCAUCUGUACAGCGUUGUGUCAGAAAACGCUUCAGCAGUACUAUCUACCUGGUAACCUGUCACCAUCGGUGUGUCUGCUGGGUUUGCAUCAACCAAAUUCAACCUGGUUAAUACAUCAGCAAUUUUCUGUGUUUGGUGUACCAGAAAAUUACCUGCUUGGUCCCUCUCCACCUGCAGAGAAAGAUAGUUGGAUACCUCACCAAGAUCCUUCAUGUCAAAGUGCUCCUUCAGUUGAGCUAGGGUGCUUUGGUAAAAAAGCCUGAUUCUUCCAAAACAUCAGAAGAUCAUCAACAAAACAUAAACAAUACAGUUUGUUUUGCCCCUCCUCCUUGACAAACACACACGGAUCAGCUUUGCCCUGGUGAAAACCUAGAGAAAGCAACGUCUCAGUGAGUUUUGUGUUCCAACACCUGGCACUCUGCUUGAGACCAUAUAAGGAUUUCCGCAGUUUACAGACCAUUCCCUUCUGUAUCUGCAUCCCGUCAGGUGGAAGCAUGUACAGCUCCUCCCCCAAAAUCCCGUACAAAAAAGCUGUAUUAAUAUCAUGAUGGGAAACAUGCAGUUUCUCCUCCGCAGCGAUCUUGAGCAUCAGCCGAAUGCUCUCAUAUUUGACGGUGGGUGAGUAGGUCUCGUGGUAAUCCUGUCCUGGUACCUGUGAAAAACCUCUGGCAACCAAUCUGGCUUUGUGUCUGACUACCUUGCCAUUCUGGUCUGUCUUGGCCUUGAAGACCCAUUUGCUGCCAACCAGUCUCAUCCCUGGGACUACCGGUACCAGUUCCCAAGUUUGGUUCCUGUUCAAGGAAUCAACUCCAGCCUUCAUGGCAUUUAGCCAAGGCUCAGCAUCUUUAGAGGUUAACUCCUGAACCUCUUUGAAGCUUGAAGGUUCCCACACCUUCUCUGAGCUACUAAGAACAGCAGUAGCCGUCUUAGCAAACUCAUACAAUCUAAUAUUUUUAGAUUGUAUGACUAUUUUACUGUUUGAUUAUUUGAUUGUUGUUAGCCGCCCUGAGCCCGGCUUCGGCUGGGGAGGGCGGGAUAUAAAUAAAAUUUAUUUUUAUUUUUAUUAUUAUUAUCAGCAAAUCUCUUUGGAGGUCUGCCUUUGGUCGCCCUUUCAGACCUGCGAACCAGACGCAAGUCUUCUGGACUCAUCUCCUCCUUCUUAGGAGAAAAGUGACCAAUGGUGAACAGUGGUUCUUCCAGUUCAUUGUCAGACGCAUCAGAUGGUCUGACUGAGGCCUUUGCGCUCUUGUAGUCUGCUGUGUCAUCACUGUCACUGACACCAGCAGCAGCGCUGCCCACUGAAAUGGAAUCCGAACUCUGAUCAUCAUCAUCAUCAUCAUCAUCCUCCUCCUCAGUUUCCUCAGCUUUCUCAGCAUGAUCUGCUUUCUUCACAUCACCUACAUCUUCCUCUGGGUAACUCUGGAAAAUUCCCACAUUCCCCCCCCCCCCACUCAGGAUUGUACUCAACACUCCUUGUGAACUUAAUGGACUUAGAGUCAGUCAUCCAUACCCUGUAUGCACCUUUUUCGUACCCCAUGAACAAACCAUGUGCCCCACGCUUCCCAAGCUUGUUGCUUUGUGGGGUGUGUACCCACAUGUCAGAACCAAAGAUUCUCAUGUGCUUGACGUUCGGUUUCUUACCAAACAUCUUCUCGUACGGAGUACAACCAAUAGGUGAUGACAGUCUGCGAUUAAAGGAAUAAGUAAACGUCGAUAGAGCCUCACCCCAAAACUUAUCAGGGAGAUUGGCAUCAUGCAACAUGGUUUUCAUUCCUUGCAGCAACGUUUGAUUUGCUCGCUCCGCAAGCCCAUUCAUCCAUGGCGAUCUAGGCGUUGACAUGUCAUGCUGGAUUCCCUUCUCAGUCAGGAAAGCUUCAAACUGCUGAGAAGUGAACUCCCCGCCCCGAUCAGUAAACAGACAGCCGAUACGUUUACCGUGAGCAUUCUCCAACCAAGCACAGAAUGCUUUGAAGCUAGGAAACGCUUGCGAUUUCUGCUCGAGCAUAAACACAUGAAUGUACCUGGAAAAAGAAUCGAUUAGAACCAUGAAGUACCUUGCUCCUCCCAAAGAGGGCGCAAGAGGACCAACCAGGUCUGCAUGAACUAGCUGGUAGGGUUUGGAAGCCUGCCUGCUAGACUCCUUGCCUUUUGGAGCAACCUUCACCUUGUUCUCUGCACAAGAUACACAUUUCAUGUGAAAUUUACAGGGUUUGAUGUUCAAACCUUCAACCAACCCAGGCAUUUUGGCCAGCGCCUGCCAAGACAUGUGACAAAAUCUUCGAUGUGCAUCAUGAAUGCAUCCUGCAUGAAGAACUUUGUUAGUUUGUGCAACACAACAAGAAUCAGCAUUAGACACAGCAACAGCAUUGUCAUCAUAAGUUAUACAGAAUAAGCCAUCUAUAAACUUUGCAUGCAAAAUGUCCUCUUUGCCUUUCCUGAUGACACAGGCGUUCCUCUUGAAGGAAACCUCAAAACCACGCAGAAUCAGCUGUGGGACACUGAGCAAAUUGCCCGCAGCUCCUGGAACAAAAAGCACAUCUCUGAUGGUAGUGUGCAGACUUGCAAGUUUCACAAUCCCUACUCCUGCAAUUUGCAACGUCCUUCCAUCAGCCAGGUGGAUCUCUCCAUCUUGAGGUGUGAAGGAGAUGAAGAGAUGGCGGUCCUUUGAGACAUGGCGGCUGGCGCCUGAGUCCACAACAAAUCUGGCCUUUGGAGCAGCUUUUGCAGCAAGCAAAACCUUGUUUUCCACCAGCGUGGGCUUUUGCAGCUUGCCCCCCUGCUCCUGGCCAUCAGACUUGCCUUUAGCCUUUGGUGAAACAGUGCCAGCAAACAAAGCUUUGUUUUUCCCUGGCUUUCCACCCCCCUUCUGCUUCGGGCCAUCUGCAGGCUUUUUCCUUUGUUUAUUUCCAGUCUUUGGACAAAACCUCUGAGUAUGACCUCGGUUCCCACAGUUCCAGCACUUCACAGCUGCCAACGCUUUGGCUCCCCCUGGAGGUUGGAAUGCUGUCCCACAUUGCUCCCCCUGAAGCGCACAAGCCGACUCAGCUGCAUUUCUCCUAUCAUAUUCGUUUUGCAAAGUCACCAAGACCUUUGUAGCAGUGAGGUCUUGCGCAGGGAGGGUCGCCAGCUGACUUGCCACGGCAUGAUAGCUUUCAUCCAGGGAGUCCAGGAUGAGAAUUGCAAACAGUGACUCAGGCAUAUUGAAACCUCUCUGAGCGAAUUCCUGUCUGAGAUGCUGCAAAUGCAAAACGUGGGCUCUAAGGUCUUCCCCUGGCUCCAAACGCUUCCUGUGCAGCUUUCUGAAAUAAAGCAACACAGACCCAGCCUCUUGUCGGAGAUGACAGGCUCUAAGCCCGUCCCACAUCUCACGGGCACUGGCCUUGCCAGCCAGGGUGAUUAACUCUUCAGGAGCUACUGAGAGCAAAAUUAUCCCCAUGGCUCUUGAGUCCUGUGCCGUCCAUUCAUCUGUCACAGGGGCUGGGGGGUCCUCAGAAAUGGUAUUCCACACUCCAAGCUUUCUCAUCUGGCCCUCACAGUACCUUGCCCAGGUCUGAUAGUUGUGGCCAUUUAGCUUUAGUGGACACGGAGCAGCUUCUGAGGAUUGUAAAAGAUCCAUCUCAGCUAUUCACUUGAGCCAUUUAUGCUUUCAAAGACUUCUUAUCUCAGCAGCUCAUAAAUCACGAACUCUCUGGCGCAGCUCCCAGACCAAUUACGCCCUGCCGGAACAGAAAAGCCUCAUGUGCUUUUGCUUUUGCACAUACCUCAGCAGUGUCGCAGUCUUACUCUCCUGUAAGUGCCGUGAAUCUGGGCCCGAAACCUGUUGUUGGGAUACUGCCAGGGAGAUAACGUCCAUCUGAGCCCCCAAGCCGGCUGCCGGACGAUCCAUCGACCUCCCGUAGUCACGCAGUAUCAGCAAUUAGCGGCACGAAACCUUAGAAAUAGAUUGCCACAUUCCUAGGCUGGUGCACACUCUUUCAGCAGACUCCACACAGCAAAAGAUGCACAGCAGGAGAGCAUAUUUACAGUUUAUUCAAUGUUGGUCAGAACAAAGAAAAGACAUGACCGUCUGCUUCAGCGUUCAAGCACAGACAGACAAAACGAAAGCAAUAGCAAACAUAAACAUCCUGUAACAGGAAAUACCCAGACUCUGUGACUCACAGCCUACUCCCUUUUAAGGUGGAACGGAAAUAUCCUAACAGUAUCAUGGUUGUAAGAAAACAAUGCUGGAGGUUCGCAAGGGAAGGGAAUUUGUUAGGUUACCUAAUUUGAUUUCUUCCCCCUGAUUUCAAUGUAAGCCUCUGAAAGCGCCAAAUGGGCAAUUCACACAGAGAGAGUCAAAGGAGGACCAUUUUUCUCCUCUUGCCCCCAUCCAUCUCUCUUCCCCUUCACUGCAAAGAAGAGCUGAGGGAAUAUUUUCUGGGCUGUUUUGCUUCUUGAAGGGUGACUGAAUUGACAGGAGGGACACAAUAAAAUAUGUUGAGUAAAAUGGAACAAAAAGAAGUAUUUAAAAACCCACAGAGAAGGUAUUUAUUCUGAGGUUAGUCUGGGAGAAAGAGGGGAGGGUCCCAAUCCUGAAUGGAACGUGAGGAAGUCCCAUUUAUCUGAGAGGGAAAAGGGCAAUUUUUGUUUACAACAGAGGGAAUCUGCUGCAUCUUGGUGUUAUUUUGGAUCAGGAUGUCCGUCUCUGACUCUUGGCUGAUUCUGUCUCUCUUCUCUUUUCCUCAUCUUCUCUCAACAGCAAAUGUCACUCUGGAUCCAGACACAGCCCAUCCCUGCCUCAUCCUGUCCGAGGAUCAGAAAAGCGUGAGAUGCGGAGACAAAGAGCAAGACUUGCCCAACAAACUUGAGAGAUUCAAUUCCUGGCCUUGUGUGUUGGGAUAUGAGGGAUUCACAGCAGGAAGACAUUUCUGGGAAGUCACUGUAAAUGAGGGAGAGAGGUGGACUUUGGGGGUCGCCAGGAAGUCUGUGCAGAGAAAGGGCUUCUUCCCCUUAAGGCCUGAGGGAGGGGUCUGGGUUGUGGGGAAGUGGUUUGGUGAGUACAGGGCCUUCACAUCCCCUGAUUACUUUCCUCUGUCCCUGAGUGAGGAGCCCAGGAGGAUCCGAGUGACUCUGGACUAUGAAGAGGGCUAUGUGUCUCUUUCUAAUGCUGACUCAGGGGCUGAACUCCACACAUUCUCAGAAGCCUUGUUCUUUGGGGAGACCCUCCUCCCUUUCUUUUGUCUGUGGGGAAAUGAAACCCACCUCAGGAUCUCCUGUUAA